AUGGGUCGAAUUAAAAAAAUUUUAUUUAUGCGCCGUGCAAAUGCCAAAAAAGCAAGAGAGAAAAAAGAACUUAAGGACAAAGAUAAAGAUGACUUACCAAUCGUUGACGAAGCAUAUGACUUGGAGAAUGAUGAAGCAGCGGAAACAGUAUUUAGAAAGCUUAUUGAAAAUGCUAAAGAAAUGGAUUAUAAUAAAAAUUCACGUUGGAGGUAUACUGGAAAUUCUGAUCCUACAAGACAACGAAGGACACGACAAAACCGUAUAAACGCAGUAGGGAGCUAUAAAAUAACCCAGUUUUUCGCCCCAGUAAAUAAUAUAAAUGAAGCCACAGGAGACCAGCAGUCAGAUUCAGAAAGUGAUAGUGAUCUUGAACUCGAAGAAAAACCAUUAAAAUGGAAACAACAACUUCAAGAAACUGAGAAAAGGAUACAAAAUCUGCUAGAUACUACGGAAAUGUCAAAGACAGAUAAGGUGAAGUAUGUUUCUGUGAUCCAUUAUAUUCGACUUCUUCAACAUGACUCAUCUAAAAUGGAAGCAAGUCGAGUUGUGGCAACCAUUCACAAUGGUGGUGAGUAUCGUGCCAGAUGUAUACGAGCGUGGGGAAAAAGAUGUUUAGAAG